UCAAAUCUCAAGAAGAAGGUCUUGCGCACAGACAAGUGAUGGCUACCAUCUCUUUCUUUGCUUCACUUUUCCUUUCAACUUUCUUGCUUCAUUUCUGCUUCUACUAUGGGGUGGGUGCUGCUGAUCCGGCUAUCAGCACCAAUGGGGAAGCAUUCGAAAUAGUUGGUGGCGGUGGUAGCAAUUAUCCUAAAAAUAAAAACUGUCAUCCUCCUCCCCCUCCUGAACCUAAAUGCCCCCCAAAACCACCCCCUCCAUCGCCUCCGCCUCCACCUCCGCCUCCUCCUCCGCCUCCUCCGCCUCCUCCUCCUCCGCCUCCGCCUCCCCCACCUAAACCUAAAUGCCCCCCACCACUGCCACCGCCUCCCCCUCCUGAACCUGAAUGCCCCCCAAAACCACCCCCUCCAUCGCCACCUCCACCUCCACCUCCACCGCCUCCGCCUCCCCCACCUAAACCUAAGUGCCCCGCACCACUGCCUCCGCCUCCACCCCCACCAAUUGGUAUUAGCCAUCGAGUUCUAAAAGUCUACCCCGUAGUUCAUGCUUUCAAAGCAAGAAUCACACACGACCCAAAAGGCAUUUUGAACUCAUGGGAUCCCAAAGAUAAAAACGUAUGCAAUUACAAGGGCUUCUCCUGCGCCAAGUAUCCGACCGACAAAAAAACAACAGUUUCUGGAGUAGACUUCAACGGCUAUCAGUUUGCUGGUAAGGACGGCCAGCUCCCACUCUCUGGGUUCGUGGAAAAGUUGGAAGACAUAACCGUGUUCCACGCGAACUCCAACAACUUCACUGGCGGCAUCCCCUGGGAGAUCUCCAAGCUUCGAUACUUCUUCGAGCUAGAUCUUAGCAACAACAACUUACAUGGCCAGUUCCCAAUGGAAGUUCUUGGGGCCACAAACCUGACCUUCUUGGACCUCCGGUUUAACCAUUUGUACGGCACGGUUCCACCCCAAGUGUUCUUGCUAGACGUGGACGUAAUCUUCAUCAACAACAACAAGUUUGAGCAAAGGCUACCUGAUAAUCUUGGCUCUACGCCAGCCCUUUAUCUCACAUUUGCAAACAACAAUUUCACUGGGCCAAUCCCAGCAAGCAUUGGCCAAGCUAACAAAACCCUCCUCGAGGUGCUCUUCUUAAACAACAAGCUCACAGGAUGCUUGCCAUUUCAGAUUGGCUUCUUGGAAGCGGCCACUGUUUUUGAUGCGAGCAUCAAUUGCUUGACGGGUCCAAUACCCCCCUCAUUUCAGUGCCUUUUUAAAAUAGAGGUGCUUAACCUGGCUCGGAACCAGUUAUAUGGGUUUGUCCCGGAGGCAAUCUGCAAGCUGCCGAACCUGGGUAUCUUCAACUUAUCAGACAACUACUUCACCCAGGUUGGCCCUGAAUGCCGGAAGCUGAUCAACAAAAAGGUUCUUGAUGUAGAAAAGAAUUGCAUCAUAGACCUCCCAAAUCAGAGAUCGAAAGCUGUAUGUGCUGCAUUUUACUCUAAGGCCAAGUACCACCGGUGCCCCAACGAGCAGUCCCUAAAUAACAUUCCUUGUGAGAAGAAGUAUCACUCAGCUGCUCUUGGUUCGUCCUAUCAUCGACCAACGGUUCCAGCCCCUUCACCACUUUCCUAUGGCGCCCUUAAACCGCAUAGGCUCUGAUUUUCAUGCAAUUAACGAUGGUUCAUGGCUCAUGGGUGGGCCUUUUGUAAUAUAUAAUAUAUAUCUACAUAUUUCUGUUGCAUGCAUGUCUUUAUAUUGAAUAAGCCAUAAAUAAGGAAUGUGUUCUGAUUUGGCAUC